AUGCGAUUCCCAGCUGCGGCGGCUGCGCUCGUCGCCUUCGCAGCCGGCCAGGUCGCCUUGGCCGUCUCAGUCAACCCCCUUCCCGCUCCGCAGCAAGUCACGUGGGGCGCCUCUGGCCCCCGCAUCGUCGGGCCGCUGCAGCUGCGCACCAACUCCAACAACUCCAACUCCAACAACAACAACAACAACAACAACAACGCCCAGGUCGUCGCGGACGCCUGGAACCGCGCGUACAAGGCCAUCACCACCUUGCGAUGGGUGCCGCAGGCCGUCGAGAAGCCAAUCCCCAAGUUCGAGCCCUUCCCCGGCACCAAGCCCAAGCGCCACGCCGGCGAGCCGCUCACCUCGGUCGACGUCAAGGUGUCCGACUGGUCCGCCGACCUGCAGCAUGGCGUCGACGAGAGCUACUCCCUCGCCGUGUCGGACUCGGGUGCCACCAUCGACGUCACGGCCAAGACGGUCUGGGGGGUUCUGCACGCCUUUACCACGCUGCAGCAAAUCGUCGUCGCCCACGGAGAUGACGGCGGCCUGAUCAUCGAACAGUCCGUCGCCAUCAACGACUACCCCAAGUAUCCCUACCGCGGCGUCAUGGUCGACACCGGCCGCAACUACAUCUCGGUCGGCAAGAUCAAGGAGCAGAUUGACGGCCUGGCCCUGUCCAAGAUGAACGUUCUGCACUGGCACAUCACCGACAGCCAGUCGUGGCCCAUCCGGCUGCAGUCGUAUCCCGAGGCCGUAAAGGAUGCCUACUCGGCCCGCGAGACGUACUCGUCCCAGGACGUCCUCGAGGUCGUCUCCUACGCCCGGGCCCGCGGGGUCCGCGUCAUGCCCGAGAUCGACAUGCCCGGCCACUCGUCGUCGGGCUGGAAGCAGAUCGACAAGGACAUUGUCACCUGCCAGGACAGCUGGUGGUCCAACGACGACUGGCCCCUGCACACCGCCGUCGAGCCCAACCCGGGCCAGCUCGACGUGCUGAACCCCAAGACGUACACCGUCGUGCAAAACGUCUACGCCGAGCUGUCCAAGAAAUUCCCCGAAAACUUCUUCCACGUCGGCGGCGACGAGCUGCAGACGGGCUGCUUCAACUUCAGCAAGACCAUCCGAGACUGGUUCGCCGCCGACAAGUCCCGCACCUACUUCGACCUCAACCAGCACUGGAUCGACAAGGCGUACCCGCUCUUCAUGUCCGACAGGAACAGCGGCAACAAGAACCGCCGCCUGGUCAUGUGGGAGGACGUGGUGCUCUCCCCGGACGCCCGCGCCAAAAAGGUGCCCAAGGACGUCAUCAUGCAGUCCUGGAACAACGGCGUGGGCAACGUUGCCAAGCUGGCCGAGGCCGGGUACGACGUCAUCGUCUCCAGCUCCGACUUCCUCUACCUCGACUGCGGCUUCGGCGGCUUCGUGUCCAACGACCCGCGCUACAACGUCCAGGCCAACCCCGACCCCACGGGCGCCGCCCUCUCCUUCAACUACGGCGGCCCGGGCGGCUCGUGGUGCGCCCCCUACAAGACCUGGCAGCGCAUCUACGACUUUGACUUCACGGCCAACCUGACCGACGCGCAGGCCAAGCACGUUAUCGGCGCGGCGUCGCCGCUGUGGUCGGAGCAGGUGGACGACACCGUCAUCAGCGGCAAGAUGUGGCCGCGCGCCGCCGCGCUCGCGGAGCUGGUCUGGUCUGGCAACAAGGACCCCAAGACGGGCAGGAAGCGCACCACGUCUCUGACGCAGCGCAUCCUCAACUUUCGAGAGUACCUCGUGGCCAAUGGGGUUGCCGCGGCUCCUCUGAUGCCCAAGUAUUGCGCCCAGCACCCACAUGCCUGCGAUCUCUAUUACAACCAGGAUAUCGUCAAGUAA